AUGAGACAUUUUUUCAAGGCGCAAACUUUGAAGCAUUUAUCAUACUUUCGAACCCGAAAAAAUGCAAAUUAUUCCACUACAACGAAAAAAGAGACAUUGACACCAUUAGCUGCACAACUCAGGCAGACCAUAAAACUUGAGGGACCAAUGCCUAUUAAGAAGUACAUGCAAGAAGCUUUGACAAACCCUAAGAAUG